GAAGACGAAGAGCAGCAGGGGAACACGCACCAAAAUGCAUAUACAGAUCUUAUGAAUAUGGCUCCCCUAAAUACUGCUAUGACUGAGCUCCUAGGACGAGGGGAGCUUCCAGUAGGGGCAAUUACGUCGGCACAUGUGGGAUCCACGGAAGAAGUUUUAGGGCUUCCCUAUAUGGAGUCAUGUGUCACACUGCCAGAAUUAGGAGGGACAGACCAUGUUGAGGUGGAGAUGAUUGAGGCAGAACCUGGUGACAAUGACGAAAAUGAAUAUGAAGACGGGCAGCAAAAUGAAUACACAAAGCUGUUGAAUAUGGAGCCAAUGAGUGCUUCUAUGUCUGAGUUUCUGGAGCAUGCUCAGCUAGGCGAAAGAUCCUCAACAGCUUCGACAUCAGCUAUUUCUGAUGAAGCGGAAGUAUUAGGGCUGACACAUUCCAUUCCAACAAUAGAAGCUGAUGAAGUUGGGGAAGAGAGUUAUUUAGGCAUGACUGCCAUUGAAGCAGCAGGCGAGGAAACGGAAGAUGAUGAAGAUACACUGACGGAACCCCUUGACAAACAGAGCCAAGAAGAACUUAUAAAUCGCCUCAUGACAGAUGGAAUGUCCUUUUCCGAGGUUGCAGCUCUGUGGGGUGAGGAUGCUGAUGCUGAUAGCGAUGUGGAAGAUACACCAGCAAUGGCACUGAGUAAGACGGAGGAGAAGGAGGAUCAUGCAGCGGAAUUCGAGAAGGAAUUAAAUGAACAGCAAAGAUAUCAGUUGAAACGCAAAGGCGGUGGAGAGAAGAGGCGAAGAAGGCGUCUGCCAGCUGCCCUCCAGGGUCUGAUGGGAGAAGCCAACUUGCGUUAUGCUCGGCAGGAGUAUGAUGAAGCCAUAAAAAUGUGCAUGGAGGUCAUUCGCCAGUUUUCUCAUUCUCCAGAGCCAUACCAAACACUAGGCAUGAUCUAUGAGGAGAAGAAGAUGGCAAACAAGAGUCUGCAGUUCCUUCUAAUUGCCGCUUUCCUUAGCCCGGAUGCUGAGGAGUGGGAGAAAUUGGCUGAUUUAUCACUGCACCAGGGUGACUUCCAGCAAGCAGUUUUCUGUUGGGGCCGAGCCAUAAAAGCAAACCCCCAGAACCUUGACUACCAUUGGGCUCGCUGCGACCUCUUGGAGCGCCUGGGAGAAAAACUGAAAGCACUAAAGGGCUAUUCCCACAUGCUGAAGUACUUGAGAACUGACCAGGGCAAGGAUGGAUUAAAGCUAGCAAAAGAGAUUGCAAAGAUACACUAUGAAAACAAAGAUGUCCACUUAGCCCGAGAUGCUAUGGAAACUGCCUUUAGGAAAUACCCAUCCUAUGUUACCCCAGAGGAUGUGAACUUAAUGCUUGAAGUAUUAAUGCACCAACAGGAGUAUACAAAGUGUAUAGAGAUUCUUAUUAAUCAUGCUGGGGUUCAGCUUUUGAAUAAGAAUGUUGGUGAAGAGGAAUUCCACAGUCGCAGUUUAGAGGAACAGUUAUCACAGGCAACUGAAUGUUAUGUUCCUGCAGACUUAUUGAUUGAUCUUCACACAAAGUUGACUGUGUCCCUGAUUCAUGUGAAAGCAUUUGAAAUCAGUGCACCACUGGUUGAGCAGUUGAUGAAUGAAUCGGUGGAGGAAUUCGGUGACCUGUACUUAGAUAUAGCUGAAGCCUACAUGGAUGUUGAUUUCCAUGAAGCUGCCCUUCAGUUGUUGCGUCCACUCAUCAACUCAGAUCACUAUAAUGUUGCUGCUGUUUGGCUCCAGUAUGGGGAGAGUUUGGCAGCUGUCGACCAGAUGGAAGAAGCUGCUGAGGCAUACAAUAAGGUGGUGAGACUGGCACCGCAGCAUGCUGAAGCCCGUCUGCUCUCAUCCAUCCUGCAGUCGCUUGGCCGCCUGGAUGAAGCUCUCCUCAUUCUGAACCAAGAGAGUGACUUUGAGCCUUUAGACUCACAGCUCCUCUUCCAGCGAUGCAAGAUCCUGCUGGAUCAGAACCUUGUUGAUGAAUUUAUUAAUGCUGCUAAGUUGCUGUUCAGGAGGCAUUUUAUUCACAUUAGAAAUCGAGAUGAGGCUGAAGCCAUGAUCAGCAACAAGAAGCUGAGCAACAAAUAUGAAGCCAUCCGAGAACUCCGGCGUUCCAAAAAUGAGAGUCUGGAAGACAAUGGACCAGCUUACACAGGGCCAGAUGUGUCUAUAGAAGAUCAGUGGGAACUCUUUACCAGUGUGUGUAAUAUCCUUCAUGAAAAGAAGAGGUUUGAAGAACUAGAAAGAAUGACUUUCACAGCCCUUGGGUCUAAAGAAUUCAUGAAGGACAAGGAACGUGCAAGAGAGGUCGAGUUCAUGUGUCUCUUAGCCUGUAUCUACAAUGAAAGCUCCUACUUUGCCUACAACAUUAUGAGGGAGCUUGUGAUCAAGAAUCCUGAGAAUGAGAGAUGCUGGAACCUACUCAACCUCAUCAUCUCCAAAGCGGACGAC